CCGUAGCCAGAACCGGGAGUCAAAUUCCACUGAACACUGAUAGGCCACUUUCCCGCUCAAAAACCACUUACUAUAUGAAGGAAUCGGAAUCAGAAGCGCGGUGGUUUCCUCAAAACUCACCGCAAAAUAAGUUGAAAUCUGCAGCCCAGAAGAUAAAAGUUGAAAUUCUUCCCAAUCCCGUCUUGUUUUCAUGGCGCCAAAGAAGAGACAGCGCUGCUCUUCGCUUCCAUCGCCCAUACCAAUCGGGAACUGCGAGGUCCUUGUUGAAGCGAAGACCUUCACACCCGAGCUGCAUCAUAAUGCCCUUCAAAUCUCUCUCCCCAACAAUACAAAAAUCAAAAUAUCUGUGAUAGAGGACAAACACAGAACUAACUCUAAUGAUCCGGGGAAUUCUGAAACCAAGGAAUGUACUUCAGGAGAUUGGUGUUUUGUGCUUGUUAACCCCAAAGAUGUUGGUAGCCAAGCCAAAUAUCUGCAUCAGGAAGUACUGAACAUAUACACAAAAGAGCUUCCCACAAUGAAUUAUGCUGCAAAUACUGGAAAGCAAUCAAUGUUCCUUGAAAGAUGUGUAUCAAAUGGGAAAUAUUGCACAUUGCUUCUGAAAUCCAAGUCUAAGGAAGAUUCUGGAAAGGUCAUUGCUGCAAUUACUUAUCAGAUAAUCCCUGCUGAUACGCAAUAUGCUGAGGUUCCACUUGCUGCUGUUUGUUCAAUAUACCAACAGAAGGGGAUUGGCAGCCUACUGUAUGAUGAAUUGAGAAAGAGAUUAAAAAAUGUUGGUAUUCACACUAUAUUUUGCUGGGGGGACAAGGAAUCUGAAGGUUUUUGGCUUAAGCAGGGUUUCAUGUCAAUAGGUGAAGUUGACACAAAAGGUAGAGCUCGUAGACUGCCUAUCAAGGCCAACAUUCGUAGGGCAUUAUCCUUUCCUGGUGGAUCAACCCUCAUGGUUUCUAAUCUUAUAGAGGACAAGUCAGCCAACCUUGAAGAGCCUGUCAAACCUUUUUCUUUCUUAAAAUCUCUUGAGAUUUCUUUGCCAUCUGUUCUUGUUGAAAAUCAUGAGGUAGGAGGCUUGGAUGAGACUUCUGCUCCUGUCAACGCAGUAAAUCAGAUGUUGGUCAGAACUGAAUGUUCUCAACCUCAAGAUUUGGUGAAAAAUGGAUUUCAAAUGGAUGGUAUACAAGUCCCCUUUCAUUUUGAUGGCAUGGAUUCUAGCAACAUGAAUGAUGAUUCUGGAACAACCAAAAUUGGAGCUGGUAUUGAUGCAAAGUAUUGUUCCUGUUCUUCAUUAGGCCAAGAGAAGAGGGUUUGGGAGUCUUCAUUUACAUCACUGAAAUCAAAAAAAGUAAAGGGAGGUCAUCAAUUUGACUGCCAACUAGAUUCUUAUUCUGAUGGAUGCCCCUCAGGAAUUUCCAGAAAUAAAUUCUUGGUAGAAAUGACACCUAGAGAGCCCAUUGCAUAUAGUUAUUUGGACAAGACAACUGAGGAAUGCCAGCCAGCUAACAUCAUAUCAGAAGGGCUUGGCCAGAAGAAACUACUGUCAGGAGGAAAAAGCUUUAGGAUUAUGUUGAUGAAUAUUGCUGAUGAUGCUAAGAAAUCAAAACUGUCCAAGAUAAUUGAAGACCUUGGUGGGGCUGUCAUCUCUGAUGGAAGUUUAAGCACACAUGUAGUCACUGGAAAAGUGAGAAAAACACUGAAUUUCUGUACUGCUCUCUCUUCGGGUGCUUGGAUAAUCUCGCCCAGUUGGAUUAAAGAAAGCUUUCGGGAGGGACGAUUCGUGGAUGAAAUGCCUUUUAUUUUGAAAGAUGAAGAAUAUGAAUUGAAGUACAGAACUGAAUUAACGGAUGCAGUUCAGAGAGCGAGAGAAAGGCCACAAGCACUAUUUAGUGGCUAUCAAGUGUGCCUGGCACCUCAUCUUCAGCCUCCAGUUGGUACACUAUCAGCUAUUGUCAGGUCUGCUGGUGGAGAUGUAACUUUUGCUUCAAGCUUUCCUGAUAUGGAAGUUGCAAAUUCAGGUGAUAAGCAAACUAGAAAAAAUAAAUCAAGCUUCAAAAACCAUAUUUCUGGCAUGCGAAGAGGAUAUGGAGGAAGCACUUUCAGCAAUAAAGAAAGGGAUACGGACUUUCAAUUGUGACUGGUUUAUGAACUGCAUCAUGAGGCAAGAGCUGGACUUGGAGGCCCCCCAGUUUGCAGAAUCCCUCUAAUUCCCCUUGCUGUUCAUCUUGCUUAGCAUCGCAAUUUUGUAUAUAUUGCUUGAAAUAACAGACUGAAACAACGAUGAUAGUGGUUUGGGAUCAUUGAUCAUAUAAACCUUCCUGUUUUUUUAGCAGAAAUGGUUAUUGCUAGAUGCCUUUGACUCAUGGGACAUUUUAUUUUCAACUAAUUUG